GAUUUCAGUAGAGCAUCAUAGUUUAAUGAAGCUAUGCUAUUCAGUAUAUCUUAGUGAAACAUAAUAUCUUAAUACGCAAUGUUUCAAUGUUUAAGUCCGUCCUUGCUAUAAUCAUAUGAAUAUUAAAAGUUAGAUUAAUAAAACUUGUUUACUCAUUAGUGUUAAGAAUCGUGAAUUACUGCCGAAUAUUCCCACCAUGGCCUCAACAGAUCCUGAGAAGAAGGUUGUGGAUGUUUAUAACCCAUUUGAACACCGAGAAGUACUAAAACCCAACUCUGAUUUCAGAUCGCUGGCAAAUCUCUUGAAGUCGUCCUUGGGAUCAGGAUUGCUGGCAAUACCCCUCGCCUUCGCUAACUCAGGCUGGGCGUUGGGUCUAGUCGGAACUCUUGUCAUAACAUUCAUAUGUGGACACUGCGUGCAAAUAUUUGUGGAAACAUCGCGGGCAUGCUGUCGUAUAGAACGAAAGCCAUUAUUGAACUAUGCAGAAACCUGCAGAGCUGCUUUUGCAAAUGGACCAAAACCAAUUAGAAAAUUUGCUUACGCCGCCAGGGUUUUUGCAGAAUGUGCAAUGUUCUUGACAUAUAUAGGAGUAUGCUGCAUAUUCACAAUCCUAAUUGCAGAUUCUAUUAAGCAGUUGUUCGAUACAUAUUACCCGAUUGCCAUAUUGCCUGUAGAGUACUACUGCCUUAUACUGUUGGUGCCGAUUUGCCUGAUGUGUCAGAUCAGGCAUUUGAAAUACCUGGCGCCGUUCUCUCUACUCGCAAACAUUCUGCUGUUGACGACAUUCAUUAUAUGCCUCUAUUAUAUAUUCGAAGGGGAGAUCUCUUACACUGAUAAACGAAUUGUGGGAGAAGCAGCAAGAUUUCCCGCAUUUCUUUCCACAGUUAUCUUUGCAAUCGAAGGAAUCGGUGUAGUGAUGCCCAUAGAAAAUUCCAUGAAGACACCUGAGCAUUUCCUCGGCUGCCCCAGUGUUCUGGUGGUAGCCAUGACGUUCAUCAUGGUGCUAUACAGCGCACUUGGCCUUUUUGGGUACUUCAAGUACGGAGACGUUCUUAGAGGCUCUAUCACCUUAAAUUUGCCCCUAGACCAUUGGCCAGCAAUUUGUGCGAAGUGCUUCAUUGCUCUGUCUAUUUUGUUUACUUAUCCGCUACACUUCUUUGUGAUUAUCGAUUUGUUCACAAGGCACACGACACCACAUAUACCGGCUAAAUACCAAAAUAUCACCCAGAUAUUUGCUCGGAUAGCCAUAGUUUGCAUUUGCGGUGGAAUUGGCGUCGCUCUACCGAUGUUAGAGCAAAUCAUUAACUUUGUAGGUGCUCUCUUUUACUCCAUUCUAGGUCUCAUUACUCCCGGCAUAAUAGAAACCAUAUUCCGGUGGGAAGAUCUAGGAAGAUACAACUGGAUUCUGUGGAAGAACAUAGUUAUUGUGCUUUUCGGCGUCUGCAGUUUGUUAUCCGGUUGCGCCGUCACAAUAUCAGACAUAAUAAGAAAACUAAAUGAGAAAACAAUAUAAUUGAUAGAUUGCUAGUGUAAAUUUAAUGUAAAUGAAGCUCCAAAUAUAAGUUUAAGCACUAUCCAAUAAAAUAUUAAUUUAAUAGGCACAAAUACUUUUUUCUGGGUCUGCAAUCAGA